GUGUGUAACUCCGUUAGAGACUACCCCCGAUUUGUACAAUUUUGAAUUUGGUAAUAGUACCAUUUGAAAUUGUGUCAGAGCAACACUGUUUUCAGUCACCAUAUUUGUUACCUUUUCUCUAUCUGGUGGUAUCCCGAUUUGUGUACCAAUUUUUUCAAUAAUAAUUCUACGUGAUUAUCAAACAAUUGAACCAGAAUAUAGACUUGUGUCAAUUAAGCAAAAUAUUUUAUUACAAUUAAAUUUUGAAUAUUAUUAAUAAUUCUGUAAACUCGAUAAUGGCUAUGGAAUGUGAAACAACAAUUAAAAAGGAGCCGGAUCUCUUCAUUCCAGAGGAAAUGGUUUUUGAAAAGACUACAGUAAAACUGGAGCCGAACCUUGAAAUGUUCAGCCGAAAUGAAAUUCAUGAUAAUGAAAAUGAUGCUACUGAACAGGACUACAUGGUUUAUAAAAAUGAUUCUGAGGGCUACAAACAGGAGACAGAGGAGAAAUAUAAUGUGACUGAAGUGAAAAUACCUAAGGAGGAACUAAUCAAAAGUGAAGAUUCCAUUGAUAUACAUUAUGAAUUUAUAAAAACUGAAGAUAAAAUACUAGAGCCAGCGGGACAUUGUGAAGUGUGUGGCAAAAAUUUUAUUAUUUUAGAAAACUCCAAAGAGUUUUACCCUGAUUGUAGCUGUCAUGAGCAAAAUGAGUUGAUCAACAUUAGAAAUGAAGACGUAACCAAGGAUGUUGCACUGUCUUCUACUGCCACCACCUCAG